AGGACGAUCUCCCUGGGGGCAGGGGACAGGCAGGUGAUCCAGACUCCCAUCAACGACUCGCUCCCCGUCAGCAGCUGCAGCGUGGCCCUGCUGUUCCGCCAGCUCGGCAUCACCAACGUGCUGUUCCUGUUCUGCGCGGCGCUGACCGAGCACAAGAUCCUGUUCCUCUCCAGCAGUUACCAGCGGCUGACGGACGCCUGCAGGGCUCUCCUGGCUCUCAUGUUCCCCCUCAAGUACAGUUUCACCUACGUGCCCAUCCUGCCCGCCCAGCUCCUGGAGGUGCUGAGCACCCCCACCCCCUUCAUCAUCGGGGUCCACUCCAUCUUCCAGUCGGAGACGCAGGAGCUGCUCGAUGUGGUGAUCGCGGAUCUGGAUGGUGGGACUGUGAACGUUCCCGAGUGUGUCCACAUCUCCCUACUCCCCGAGCCCCUGCUCCAGCAGACCCGGGAAGCCCUUUCCAUGGUCCUGGACCCGGAGCUGGAGGUGGCUGAUCUCGCCUUCCUCCCUUCCACCAUUUCUGCCUCUUCCCUCAAGAUGCAGGACAAGGAGAUCCGAGCCGUGUUCCUGCGCCUGUUUGCACAGCUGCUGCAGGGCUAUCGCUGGUGCCUGCACAUCAUCCGCAUCCACCCCGAGCCCGUCAUCCGCUUCCACAAGGCAGCGUUCCUGGGGCAGCGGGGGCUGACGGAGGACGAUUUCCUGACCAAGGUGUUGGAGGGCAUGGCCUUCGCCGGCUUCGUCACCGAGCGCGGGGCCCCGUAUCGCUCCAUCGACCUGUUCGACGAGCUCGUGGCGUACGAGGUGAAGCGCAUGCGGGCGGAGGAGGGGAACAAGCAGAAAAUCCUGCGGCACAUCAAGGAGCUGGCGGAGAAACUGUACAAAAAC